AUGGCUGCCAGAACGUGUUAUUUGGGGAAGGUGGUGGUUGUGACUGGGGGUGCGCGCGGCAUUGGAGCUGGGAUCGUCAGAGCCUUUUUGGAGAGCGGGGCCCACGUGGUAUUCUGUGACAAGGAUGAGGCAGGGGGCCAGGCCCUGGUUCAGGAGCUCCCAGGAGCUGUCUUCAUCCCCUGUGACGUGACUCAGGAAGAAGACGUGGAGACCUUGAUUUCUGAGACUGUCCGUCGAUUUGGCCACUUGGAUUGCGUGGUCAACAAUGCCGGUUACCACCCACCCCCACAGUGGCCAGAGGAGACUUCCGCCCACGGCUUCAGGCAGCUGCUGGAGGUGAACCUGCUGGGCACUUACACCCUGACCAAGCUCGCCCUCCCUCACCUGCGGAAGAGCCAGGGGAAUGUCAUCAACAUCUCCAGCCUGGUCGGGGCCAUUGGCCAGUCCCAGGCUCUUCCCUAUGUGGCCUCCAAGGGGGCCGUAACAGCUAUGACCAAAGCCUUGGCCUUGGAUGAGAGCCAAUAUGGUGUCCGAGUCAACUGCAUCUCUCCAGGAAACAUCUGGACCCCACUGUGGGAGGAGGUGGCAGCUUCAAUGCCAGACCCCAAGGCCACAAUCCGAGAGGGCACCUUGGCCCAGCCCCUGGGCCGCAUGGGCCAGCCAGCUGAGGUGGGGGCUGCAGCUGUGUUCCUGGCCUCUGAAGCCACCUUCUGCACAGGCACGGAACUCCUGUUAACCGGUGGUGCCGAGCUGGGGUAUGGGAGAAAGGCCAGUCGAGGCACUGCUGUGGACAUCCCCACUCUCCCCUCCUGA